AAGAUGUGCUUGGGAGGAGAGAGAAAGAGAACCUUAUCCAUUUGAAGCUUUAUAAAAGCACAGAUCAAAACCUAAAUGUAAAGGACCAAGACUGUAAGGCAAUUUGGAGAGAGAAAGAGAGAGAGGAAGGGUGAGAGUGAACACACGCAGACGUGAACAGUUAAGUAUUUUCAUUGGAUCGUUGAAUUUCUCAGCCAUCGAUGGCGGCUUCAAAGGGCUACUUUGCGAGAACAAACUACCGAUUCCUCUCGAACGACAGAGACGCUCAGGACUCGACGGUGUUCGAGCUAGACGAGUCGGAUGUGUGGAACACGACUUGUUCCGCGUCGCCGGAGAUCCGAAAACCGGCGCCGAGUGCUAGGCUCUCAAAGAAAGCAUCGGCAAAGAGAGUUGACUCGGUUGACCGGCCAGUUGUCGGUGCGAAUCCGUCGUCGUUGCCGGUCAACAUACCGGACUGGUCGAAGAUACUGAAGGAGGACUGCAGAGAAAAUCGGAGGAGAGAGAGUGACGAUGAUUUAGAUGAUGAGGACGGAGGGAAUCGGAUUCCGCCGCACGAGAUUUUGGCGAGGCAAUUUGCGAGGACGAGGAUUGCUUCAUUCUCGGUGCACGAAGGGAUUGGGAGGACUCUCAAAGGGAGGGAUUUGAGUAGGGUCAGAAAUGCAAUUUGGGAGAAAACUGGAUUCGAAGAUUAACCAGAACAGUGAGGAAAUUUUACAUUAUUAAUAUUACUGAUCUACAGUCAUUUUUUUUUUUUUUUUGGAUAUUUCAAAUUUUCCCUGUAUUAUUUGCUUCUCUAAGUUUAUUUAUCUCUUUUUCUAAUCGUCACUUCUUGUGACGAAGCGGAUUAUUAGUGCGUGUAAUUCCAACUUUUGAGAUGAAGAGGAAAUCUGAAAAUGUCG